AUGGGAAACAACAAAGUAGAUGACAAAUGUUAUCUUCCUGCAGUGAAUCAAUUUGAGGUCUAUCCACGAACUAUUCCAACAGUCAGCCAGAAUUCUGAUGCCAUGCAGUUGGUGGGUCGUCAGCAGCCCUUCUCCAUAUCGUUCUCAAGAACACCAAAUCAGUUCCCUUUCCCACAGGGUGGCGGUAGUGCCCUCCAUGCAGCCUGCCCUAGUCUUCUGGCUGAAGGUAGCAGCCACACUGGAAGCAGCACAUGCAACAACGCUCUCUCUGGCACGCUGGGCCCCGAGUGUGCUCUCUCUCUUCUGUCACCGUUGCUGCAUCGCCCCUCUGCUGCUGGCAUCCCCACCAAUGGCCAACCCCAGGUUGCCUCUUCACUCUCUCGGAUCGCUGCCGUGUCGCAGGCUGCAACAACAGCUAUGACCAUUGCAUUUGCGGCCGGUGUUGGCCACCAUGUGUUUGUUCCUGAUGCUAUGCUUGAGGAUCCUUCACAGCCACUGCCAUCCUCUUGGCAGUAG